UCCUUUGCCACAGUCCAGUCAGUCCAGUCGGCGAUCAGUCCACAAUCUACAUUUACGCAAGGCGCAAACAACAGUCAAACAUCAAACUGUCAAAGUCGGAAAGCGGUAUUAGCCGCCACUCAUGUGUUAUCACUUAUUUAUUGAUACUACGAUUUAAAAUGACCCAGAGCUGGAGAACGGUGGUCAUUAAAAAAAAAAAAUAGUAUUAGUUGUUUGUGUGCGGAAUCCGGGUGUACCAAAUCUAAACAAUUAUUAUUCAAACUAGGUAGCGUCUAGUGCCUACCUAAAGCUAAAAUUAUAAUAAACGUUCUCAAUCCCAGGUUACUAAACUCGAAAUACAAGUCAGUAAAAUUAUUUUUAUUUUACUUUAUUGAAUCAUGGAACGUACUGAUGAAAAAGAACCAUGCACUACAAACAUGCUUAAUACAAAAAUCUCAAAUCAAAAUAAAGAUUUUAAGAAUAUUCAGGAAGUCAAAACAGUAAAAAAAUUAGAAAAACAAAAUGUUAAUGUUGAUGAUGAAGAAGAUGAUGUUGACGUUGAUGAUGAAAAUCAAAUUAUGCCUGCUAAUAUGUGUUUAUUAGUAGAAAAUACAUUGUGUGAUAAAAAAGAAGCUGAAUGGGUUAUUGAUGAAGAUAGUGACCACUCUAUUGAUGAAGAUUUAGAUGCCUCGUCUUUUAAGGCAUAUGAGGAAAAUAAGAAAAUUAAAUCAAAAAUGCCAAAGACAGAUACUCAAAAAUUAAAAAACCCUACCUUUGGUUCUAAAAUUAAUGAACCGACUUCUAAAGAAACUAAUGAUAAAUCAUAUUUAUCAUCUCCGCAAAUGAUUAAACAAUUACAACAUUUAACUAACUCAACUUUGAACGAGUUAUAUCGCCCUUCGUGUUCAACUAGCUUACCUGGUCCAUCGUGUUCAACCAAUAUACCUAGACCAUCAUGUUCAACUAACUUACCUGGUCCAUCAUUUUCAACCAAUAUACCUAGCUCAUCUUGUUCAACCAGUUUACCCGAUCCAUCAUGUUCAACUAGCUUACCUGGUCCAUCAUUUUCAACUAGUUUACGUGAUCCAUCAUGUUCAACUAGCUUACUUGACCCAUCAAGUUCAACUAGCAUACCUGGUCCAUCAUGUUCAACUAGCAUACCUGGUCCAUCAUGUUCAACUAGCAUACCUGGUCCAUCAUGUUCAACUAGCAUACCUGGUCCAUCAUGUUCAACCAAUUUAUCUGGCUCAUCUUAUGUUUUUCCUCCAGAUCAAUUACCUAGUUUAUUUUAUGGAGAUUCAAAUGAUACUAAUUUGAAUAUGGAUAGAGAACUACAAGCACGUCUUUUAACUAGUUUUUAUAAUAAAUUAUUCUUGGAUGAUUUAAAUGAACAAAAGAGUACUGAACUAAAUCAAGAUAUUAAUAUAUCAAAUUUAGAAGAUUGUGAAUAUUCUAAACAUUAUUUUUCAGAAAAUACAAAUUUUGGAAAUAUUGAUGAAGAACCAGAAACAGAAAAUACUGAAUGUUUUGUAGAAGAUCCAGAUAUUGUUAACCCUGAUAUAAUGUACAAUAUUGAUCUUAAUGAAUAUUAUAAUCAAUUGGAUCUUUUAGCUUUAAAAGUUAUAAAAACACCUGAUGACCCUACAGGAUUAGUUGAAUACAAGCAAUUGCCUCCUAUUCCUCAAAUUGAACAGACACGUAGACAGUUUACUGCAAAUGAACGUUUUAGAUUUGCAAACGGUAUUUCAGAAUGGGAGUAUCAAAUUGAUCGCGAUGACUGGAAUAAAAUAAUGGUAAAACGAGCUGUAGUUUUCACAGCUCAUGCUGGAUUUAGUAUAGCAAAUGAAGAGAGCUUAUAUGUUUUAGCAGAUGUAGCUAUUGACUAUGUAAAAAAAUUGGCUGUUAUUAUGAAAAAACAUUUUGAUAUUCAAGCUGAUAGUCCAUGUCCGGAUAGUAUUGAUCCAAUUAAUAAUAGUCUUCAAGAGAUUGGUGUAAAAGGUGGUGUAAAAGAAUUGAUUGAACAUUAUGAAAAUGAUGUUUUUGGUAGGCGUAACAAGCUUUUAAAGAAAUGUCAACAUUUAAAAAAACUUAUUGAUCGGCAAGUCAUCAAUAUAAUUAAAACUCAAAAUGUCACUCCAGAGGAUAUGGAAGAAGAGUACUCAACUAACGACAUAGAAGAAAAUUUUCUAUCAAAAGAUAUGGAUAUAAUAACAGAAGAAGAAAAAACUGAAAUUGAGUCUGGAAUUGAAGAAGUUAUAAUUGAAACUCAAUAUCCUACAGAUGAAAAUAUAUUCACAGAUACUGAAAUCGAGCAGAUAGAUCCUCUCUACAUUGACAAUUCAGAUAUUGAAGUAAAGAUGGAUACUGGUAAAAAAAAUAUUGAAAAUAUUAAAAUCAGCGCAAUGGACAUUAAAGAUAGAAAAAUAAACAAUUUAAGAACUUCGGACCCUUCUAAAGUAAUAGAAAUUGAUCUCUUAAAACCGUUAGAUAAUCCACCUAUAGAUUAUACACUAUAUGGGCAUUCUGAUGGAAAGGAAAAACUUACUGAGUUUAAAUACUCUUGUGGUUCAGAGAGUUAUCCUAAUCCUCCAAAAUCUGAAAAAUUAUUAGAUGUAGGAACUCCAAAAAAGGUAAUAAAAUAUUUAUACUCACCAUUAGGAGUAUCACCAAGAGUACCAUCUCAAAUGAAGCCAGAGGUACCUGUUGAAGAUGGUAAUUAUGUAGGACUUAGUAAAAUGGCCGAUCAAUUAGAUGAAGAUUUCAAUAAUUAUCAAGCUUCGCUCACAGAUGACAAUGUUCAAACAAUAUAUGUCCAUACAAUAUCUGAUACUGAUGAGCCAAUUUCUUUGAAUGAUGAUAAUGCAGAUAAUUCCACAGAUAAUAAUGUUCAAAUUAUUCCUGUAGUUAAUGAAAAUGAUGAUUCUGAUUCAAACAUUGAUUAUGAUAUAGUCUCUGUUCAUUCUUUUCUUUAAGAUUUAAUUUUAAAUUGAUGAUGGAUAAUUUUAUUGAUCAGGUAUCAACUUAAAAUUAAUAUUAUUUAUAUAAUCACUUAUUUUA